UGGACCAGGAUGUUUCUUGCAUUGCGUGAGGAGUUUGUGUCUCAGGAGAGUGACUUCUUCUGACUUGAGCCUACAGCGUGCUUUGAGAAAUCUGCCACCAGAUUGUCUCGGCUUGGUCUCUGGGAACCACCCACUAGUGACAGUCAUAAGGGCCAUAGAACCACUGGUGAUAAAAUCUGUCGUUAUACCGUGGAAGGUCUGUGAUCCGGGGUGCUGCCUGACUGCAUAUUCUGAAUUCUCGCUGCCAGGAUGGGGAAACAGAACAGCAAGCUUCGCCCAGAGGUCAUGCAGGAUUUGCUGGAAAGCACAGACUUUACAGAGCACGAGAUCCAGGAAUGGUAUAAAGGCUUCUUGAGAGACUGCCCCAGUGGACAUUUGUCAAUGGAAGAGUUUAAGAAAAUUUACGGGAACUUUUUCCCUUACGGGGAUGCUUCCAAAUUUGCAGAGCACGUCUUCCGCACCUUCGAUGCCAAUGGAGAUGGGACAAUAGACUUUAGAGAAUUCAUCAUAGCCCUGAGCGUGACAUCGAGGGGGAAGCUGGAGCAGAAGCUGAAAUGGGCCUUCAGCAUGUAUGACCUGGAUGGAAAUGGCUACAUCAGCAAGGCAGAAAUGCUAGAGAUUGUGCAGGCGAUCUAUAAGAUGGUUUCCUCUGUAAUGAAAAUGCCUGAAGAUGAGUCAACCCCGGAGAAAAGGACAGAAAAGAUCUUCCGCCAGAUGGACACCAACAGAGAUGGAAAACUGUCCCUGGAGGAGUUCAUCCGAGGGGCCAAGAGCGACCCGUCCAUAGUGCGCCUCCUGCAGUGUGACCCCAGCAGCGCGGGCCAGUUCUGAGCCCCGCCCCCCACGGAUCGUAGAGCUGCUUGCGUCCCCUUUCCACCUUUCUUUUUAACAAUUUUUUUUUUUUUUUUUUGCCGAUCAAUAUUGAUGGUGACGCUGUCCCCCACCCACCCCGUGCAGUCAGACGCACCUUCCUCCGUGACGCCUUCGGCUUCCUUUGUCGGGGGGAUGCCCAGAGCCCCAACGCGCUUGUGGAGAGCAUGGACGCGCUGUCAUGCAGACUUUGUGGUGUUCCUUGUUCCUUGAGUUUCCAUCGUUCUUAUUGUUGUUUUUCUUCUGAUUCCAAUGUCUGUUCUCAAACCGAAGACUCGGGGAGGGAAGAGAAGGGAAAGCAAGCCAGUCCGGGAUUCUGUGGCCAGCUUCCAGGGGACUGUUUGAAAAACAAAACUCCCCAGCUGGGUCUGGAGCCACAGGGGCAGCCCUCGGGGUGAUGGCGCCUGGUGCCGGCUUCCCAAGGACAAGGGACCCUGUGGGGCCAGGCUGUGAAAGCGCCCGGAGGCCUCCACUCCCCCUCUUCCCCAGCGUGCUGUAGUGUCUAAGCUGUGAACAUUUCAAGAUAAAUUCAUAGAGAAGAGGAAAAGAUGGCUCAGCUGUUUCUUCACACGUUUACACUAGUUGAGCUAAGCUGAGUUUCUUUGGAAAUUAAACACAAAUGGUAACUUAUAUACAAAACCAGACCCAUCUUGUUGCCUAUUGUGAUUAAAAAAAAAAAAGAGUGCUGUAUAUAAAAUAUUGGGUAUUGCAGACCAAAUUAAGUGUUUUGCCUUGUUUAAAUGAAAUGCAUGUUUAGGAGCACUAAUACAAUCUUAUUACAGAAGACUGUUUUUAGUAGCUUAAUGUGAAGUAAGCCAACUAUAAUGAAUGUCUAUGUCUUGUUUUAAAGUCAUAUCUGUCUUUGCACAAAUGCACCAAUCAACAGGUAUAUUUUAUAUAUUCCAGAGAAGUACAAAGUCACCAUGACUAGGGCGCAACCUUAAUUUUGAAUGCAUUUCCAGAGUGGUAGUGCCUACAGAAUGGAAGUAGGACAGGUUUAAGUGGGACAUGUCCAUUGGAGCCCCAGAAGCUUCAUCUUUAAGAGAGAUGUGAGGUGAUGGUUAACCCACUCAGCCCAGCGGCUCGAUGGUAUUAAAUCAGAGGUACAAUGUUCUUCUGAGUAGAUUAAUAUUCUGUCGACCCGAAACACACACACACACACACACACACACACACACACACACACACAUUCUUGAGACUUCCCUUUGGUUUAAUCCACAUUAUGGUUAGGGAGCCGUAACUGCAAUGUUGACAUUUUCAUGCCCCUGGUGGCCCUUCAAAGAGUCUGAGAUUGGGCAAUGAGCUGACUCAUUGUGAAGAAGGCAUGGCCUAGGGCGUCUGUGCUUUCCAGGGCCCACUGUGGGGAAUCCAAAAGUAUUUUCCAUCACCAUGUUCUUUGAAUGCCAAUUUCUAUUUUCAAAAGUGACAGUGCAAAUUUGAGUCACUCUUUGGUCUGGUGACCUCAUACACACUAAUUGGAAUUGAAAGUUAAGAGUAAAAAUUGCUGAUCACAGGUAAGUCAGUCAUAUUUUCACAAGUAGUAGGCCUGGGGAAGUCCAAACACUCAAGGACAUAGAUGGGGAGGACCUGCUCCGGGAGGAGGCAGAGAGGUCCCGAGUGGGUUUAUCUGCAGCCAAGCUACUUUCUGUAGACCAUGACCCACAGAAAGACAAACAUAACUAUGAGGAAGAUGAUGCUGAGCCCAUUCUAACUCCAGAUUCUUCUGUAUUAUUUGAGUCCCUUUUAACUGGUAGCAAAAAUCUGAAUUUGUAUGGUUGACCAAAAUGAACCAACUUUGCAGGAUGAAAUCUGGAGACCUAGACGUGGUAAAAUCAUCUUCAUCUUCCUCUGAGUGUCCAUUCCUCACAGUGAUCUAUCCUGAGACUUGCUAAAUUCCUCCAUGGGCCAAGUGGUAAGAUCUGGGUUUGAAAACUAGGGAAUUAAAUUAAGAGACGGAGGGCCCAGUGAGUGAUGUUCAGGAGGUGCAUCCCACUGCUCUGGACUGAUGACCUAACUCCCCCUUUCAGUUCUCCUUAGAAGGGGAGUCAGUUAAUGUUUGGGCAAGCCCGCCUAAGCUCUACCCUCGGUCAGGACAUCUUGUUGAGCCAGACUCACCCAGUUCCCUAGAACUGAGAGCUGGAGUGAGGAGCAAGGAAGAGGGGCUCCAGCUGUUUAGGAGAGAAAACAGAGCCAGACGCCUGGCUAACGAAUGCCGACAUGCCUGGGAUGUACGCAAAUAGUCUUGUCCUGGCCUGCCAUUGACCCUGUCUGUAUUUUCUUGAUGGUGGUUUUUUCCUUCUACUCCUUCCCAGGAAGGGCUUUGUAUGUCUAAUCCAAUGCACUUAAAUUUGGCCAAGGGACUCUGCAGCACCCAGAAGGCUGAAUGACUAAAGGUUUAGGUCAUUCCUUUGAUGGGCUGUUCAUUGUCAUUGCUGUGAUGCGGGACCUCUGGAAAUGGAGUCUGUUCUGUCUGAAAUUAAGCCAGUCUGUGAUGUUCAAGGGACUGGAAUAAAGUGGCUUAUGACUUGAAGGAC